AUGGCCCAAAGGCGGUGGCCUGUCAAUAAUAAUGGGCUGGACCAGUUUACCAAUAGCGAUUUACUGCUCAAAUCCUCUUUUCAUCUUUUGUAUUUCACACAAAUCUCUCUCUGUCUCUCGCACUCGCGUUCGUACACACUCGCCACUGAUAAGUCCCUCACUCCAUUUUCGUUUAGCGCGGCUUCACAUGGGUAUCUUGAAGAUUUAGUGUCAGAACUGGAAGUGUCCUUGUUCCUUGCUCUAGUCGUAGCUAAGGGUGUGCAUAUUUCGACUAAAAUCGACCGAAGCGAUCAAAUUGAAAAUUUCGUCGAAAUGGGUGAGAAGAAGAAGGCUGGUGCUAUGCUGGUGAGGCUCGUCUCAGCUGCAGGGACUGGGUUUUUCUACGUGGUGAAAAAGACAAAGAGGCUUCAGAGCAAUAAUAUCAAGCUUGAGUUCCGAAAGUACGACCCUCGUGUGAACCGCCAUGUUCUGUUCACCGAGGCCAAGAUGAAAUGA